UGGGUGCCUCUUCUGGAGCCCUAAGCAGGCAGUGGACUUCCGGGGACUUGCCUAUUGGUCAGGAAGCUCCCCCUAUGCUAAUGAGGGGUGGGUCUGUAGAAAAUCCCAGGGCUCUCUCUUCUCUCCAAAUUCCUUCCAUCUUAGGGAAACCUGGAUGUCACCCACUUUGUACCACCGCUGCCCGGUGACCAUGGAUGAUCAAUGGAAGGAGGACAGUCUGCAGAGACGCUGGCUGUGGCUGUUGGUAGGCUUCCUAGUGGUCCUGGUGGUGAGUCUGGCCAUCCCCCUGGCCAUCUACGUUCUCAGGUCUGAGAGUGCCGCCUGCCAGGAGGGCCUUCAGAUUCAGAGAGAGUGCCACAAUGCCACCCAGCUCCUGAGGAAGCAGCUGAGCCAAGUCCAGGAGAGGUUCCUGGGGGCCGAGACCCAAGCUGACACCUGUAAGCAGAGUGUGGUGAAACUGCAGUCUCAGGAGCUGAAGCAACAGAAGAAGGUGCAGGAACUUGAGGGAGCGAUCACCAGAUUGAACCAAACGCUGCAGACGACUUUGGCAGAACUGGAGCAACUGAGAAAGGAGAGCACGGCCUCAGGCGGAAUAACGGAGCCCAGCCCUGCCAGCUCCCAGGCCACCCGCUUUCUCCAGGUGCCCGCGUGGCUCCUGCUACUGGGCCUCAGCAUUCGCCUGCUCUGAGGCCCCAGGAGGCCAGCGGCCACAACCUGAACUAGGGGACUGCACCUCUGCUUUUCCCAGAGACUGUCCCUUGACCCGGCUGGCUGCUGGGGGGAGUGGGGGGGGGUAUAAGUGGAGGGGCCA